AGAUUUACCUAUGAAGAAGCCCAAGAGGUCAUAGAAACAGGAAAAGGAGACCAUGCAGACGUUAUAAAGCUUUUGCAAAGUAUCGCCUCAAUAUGGCGCGAAGAACGCUUCCAAAAAGGAGCGAUCAACUUUGAAGCACCUGAGGUGCAGUUCGUGCUAGAUAAAGAUGGUGUGCCUCUCGAUAUUAUACCCAAGGUACAGAAAGAAGCUAAUUGGCUCAUAGAAGAAUAUAUGCUCCGCGCCAAUACUAGCGUAGCCAGAGCCUUAGAUGUCUAUACUAAAAAGAAGCUCAUUCCGGCAGGCGUAUACAGAGAUCACGAUGUGCCUGAUAUGGCCAAGCUAGAGCAGUUUAGAGACUCUGCACUGAAGCUUGGAGGACAUAAACUCAAGAAAAUAGAUAAGCCAGAACAGGCAGCCAAAAUAUUGAAUGAUUUUCUAGGCUCU